GAAAGCAUUCCCCUGAAAGCACAAGCAAUGUUAUGUAGUCGACCUGACAGUUGCUUUUUAGGUUAGCUACAACACUCCCAGCUAUCAUGAGCAGUUUCAGAUUAAUGCUGAUGUUCUCUCAUAAUACAUUUAAGAUCAUUCGAGGAAGUAUUCUCAUCUCACCCAAGAGGACCCUGUUUGCGACGCGACUGGGUUUAUUCAGGCGGCAGGAUGCCCGAGUGCUCCGGUGUAACCUUUCCAGGUUUAGUCAGCGCUCAAGUUCCACUGUUGCAGGAACGGAGAAAGUAGAAGACUCCUUCAUGAAGUGGUUACUCUUGUUAAUACCUGCCACCACCUUUUGUCUUGGAACAUGGCAGUUAAAACGCAGAGAGUGGAAGUUGGAGCUGAUCCGUGAUCUUCAGAACCUGACGACUUCAGAGCCUAUCCCACUGCCCAUAGAUUCUAUGGAAAUCAAACAGCUGGAGUACAGGCGAGUGAAGGUGCGUGGGCGUUUUGAUCACUCAAAAGAGCUGUAUGUCCUGCCCCGCUCCCCUGUGGACCCUGAGAGAGAGGCCCGUGAGGCAGGCAGAAUUUCCUCCAGCGCUGAAAGCGGAGCUAAUGUCAUUACUCCAUUCUACUGCACCGAUCUGGGGAUCACUAUCUUGGUGAACAGAGGUUAUGUACCCAAAUCUAAGAUCAGACCUGAAACCAGGAUGAAGGGACAGGUGACUGAGGAUGUGGAUCUUGUUGGCGUGGUGCGUUUAACCGAGCAGCGGAAACCAUUUGUCCCCCAAAACAAUGUGAAGGCAAAUAGUUGGCACUAUCGGGAUCUGGAGGCCAUGGCGAAUGCCACUGGUGCUGAGGAGAUCUUCAUUGAUGCUGUGUUUGACAGCACAAUACCUGGUGGGCCAAUAGGAGGGCAGACAAGAGUGGCCUUGAGAAAUGAACACAUGCAAUAUGUCAUCACAUGGUAUGGACUGUGUGCUGCCACCUCCUACAUGUGGUAUGCAAAAUUCAUCAAGCGUAUUGCUUUGUAAAAAAUAUCUUUGCUGUCACUUUGCUCUUGUGGAAUAUUCACUGUAGAAUAAUAAAGCUCUUUUAAUGUUGAACCCAACACUGUUAAUAAAAAUGUGGAUAUGUUGUCUGAUAAAAUAAGAAAUUAGUUAAAGAAACAUUCGUGCUACAAAGGUUAUAAAGGGGAAUUAUCCUCUAAAGUGGUUCUCAACAAGCCUCAGAAAAACUUUAAAGGAGGCCACAGGAUAACACAAUUCUGUAAACUUAAAUUAUUAUAUCAGUUUUUUGAAAGACAGCAAGAAUCACAAAAUAUUUCUUAUCAAAACAAAACUGUUUGUCAAUAAAGUUUGAAAACAA